AUGUCGAAGAAUAAAUCCAUCGAGGAGAGAUACCAGAAGAAGUCGCAGAUAGAGCAUAUCCUCCUGAGGCCAGAUACGUACAUAGGGAGUGUGGAGAUGCACACGCAGUUGCUCUGGAUAUGGAACAAGGAGCGCAAUCGAAUGGUCCAGAAAAAUAUAACCUAUGUCCCAGGGUUGUACAAAAUUUUCGACGAAAUUAUAGUGAAUGCAGCUGAUGUGAAAGCAAGGGAGAAAGAGAAAAGCGAAAAUCCCAUGACAUGUAUUAAAAUAGAAAUAAACAAGGAGCAAAAAAAAAUAAGUGUGUACAACGAUGGAGAAGGAAUACCAGUAGAGAUUCACAAAGAAAUGAACAUCUACGUACCACAUAUGAUAUUUGGAGAAUUACUAACUUCAGAUAAUUACGAUGAUGCGGAGGAUAGAAUUACAGGUGGAAGAAACGGAUUCGGAGCAAAGCUAACAAAUAUUUUUAGCAAAGAAUUUGUCGUACAAUGUGGAGAUAGUUCCAGAAAAAAAGAAUUUAAAAUGGUGUGGACAGAUAAUAUGUCAAAAUUUUCUGAACCGAUUAUUAAAAAUUAUAAUGGAAAAGAUUUCGUGAGAGUAACUUUUAAACCUGAUCUGGCUAAAUUUGGCAUGACAGAAAUGGAUGAUGAUAUUGAAAGUUUGCUAUGCAAGCGUGUGUAUGAUUUGGCCGGUACAUGUAGCGUGAGGGUUUACCUUAAUGGGAAUCGACUAGCCAUUAAGGAUUUCAAAAGCUACGUGGAUCUGUAUUUGAAAGACAACGCUGGGGUGAGCCCUGGAAAGGGAGGCGCGAACAAUAAUGCAAAUGCGAAUGGCAAUGCAGACGGCAGUGCAAACCAAGAUACGCAGAACCCAGAUGUGAGCCAAUCACAAGAGCCAGGGGAAGGAACCCCAACCAAGAGCAACGCUGCUAAUGGAACACAAAACAAUGAUGAAGAAGAAAUAGUUAAGAUACACGAGAAGCAACACCGAUGGGAAAUAGUCGUGUCUAAGACAGAUGGCUCGCAGUUCCAACAGGUGUCUUUCGUCAAUAGUAUAUGUACAACAAAGGGAGGAUCCCAUGUCAACUACAUCGUCGAGCAAUUAUUGAAUUCCCUUAGUAAGAAGGCGAACGCAAAGAAUAAAGGAGGAAUGGAAAUUAAAUCUGGUCAUAUAAAGAAUCACUUGUGGGUAUUCGUUAAUUGUUUAAUUGUUAACCCUACAUUCGAUUCACAGACGAAGGAAACCUUAACUACCAAACCAGUGAAGUUCGGUAGCAAGUGCAUUUUAUCAGAUAAAACAAUCAAUGGUGUUUUGAAGAGUUCCAUCCUCAGUAACAUUCUUCUGUGGGCACAAGCAAAGGCACAAGUUGAGUUGAGAAAGAAAAUGAAGGCAGGCUCAUCGAAAGCGAGAGAAAGAAUUAUUGGUAUACCAAAAUUGGAGGAUGCAAAUGAUGCAGGAAGUAAGCAUAGUCAGGAUUGUACUCUCAUACUUACGGAGGGAGAUUCUGCAAAGACAUCUUGCCUUGCGGGAUUAUCUAUUGUCGGUAGGGAUAAAUAUGGUGUCUUUCCACUUAAGGGAAAAUUAUUAAACGUGAGAGAUGCAUCUUUUAAGCAGUUAAUGGAUAAUAAGGAGAUACAAAAUAUUUUCAAAAUUAUGGGAUUAGACAUUACCGAUAAAAAUAAGGAAGACAUAAAAGGGUUGCGCUAUGGAUCGCUGAUGAUAAUGACCGAUCAAGAUUAUGAUGGUUCCCACAUCAAAGGUUUAUUAAUUAACAUGAUCCAUAAGUUUUGGCCGAGUUUGUUAAAACAUAAAGGGUUCUUAAGUGAAUUCGUAACUCCAAUUGUGAAGGUACAGAAAGGGAAUCAGGAGCAUUCCUUCUUUACCAUCGCGGAGUAUGAAGAAUGGAAGGAGAGUACAAAUCUAGUCGGAUGGAAAAUAAAAUACUACAAAGGGUUGGGUACAUCAACAGAUAAAGAAUUCAAACAAUAUUUCUCUGAUAUAAAAAAUCAUAAGAUUAUGUUUCUGUGGACAGGGGAUCGUGAUGGAGAUUCUAUCGACAUGGCAUUCAGCAAGAAGCGUAUUGAAGAUAGAAAAAUAUGGCUUCAGAACUUUGUUAUCGGUUCAUACGUAGACCAUAAGGAGAAAGAUUUGUCUUAUUACGACUUCGUUAAUAAGGAACUAAUAUAUUACUCGAGAUAUGAUACAGAGAGGAGUAUACCGAAUAUCAUGGAUGGAUGGAAACCAGGGCAAAGGAAGGUUCUCUAUGGUUGCUUUAAAAGAAAUUUAAAGAAUGAGUGUAAGGUGGCUCAACUUGUUGGAUAUAUAGCAGAACAUAGUGCAUACCAUCAUGGAGAAUCAUCCUUACAACAAACCAUUAUUAAUAUGGCCCAAACCUUUGUAGGAUCAAAUAAUAUAAACUUUUUAGAACCAUGUGGUCAAUUUGGUAGUAGAAAGGAAGGUGGAAAAGAUGCUUCUGCAGCUAGGUACAUUUUUACCAAAUUGGCUAGCUGCACAAGAAGCAUAUUUAAUGAAUACGAUGAUCCCAUUUUGAAGUACCUAAAUGAGGAAGGACAGAAGAUAGAACCAAAGUACUAUAUCCCAGUUAUACCAACUAUUCUGGUAAAUGGAUGUGAGGGAAUAGGAACAGGAUACUCGUCUUUCAUUCCCAAUUAUAAUUACAAAGAUAUUAUUGAAAAUAUUAAGAGGUAUAUAAAUAAAGAACCCCUUAUCCCAAUGAUUCCAUGGUAUAAGGAUUUUAAGGGAAGAAUUGAAUCCAACGGCAAGACGGGCUUUGAGACCAUUGGAAUCAUUCGCAAAAUAGAUGAUGAGACAUUAGAAAUAAAUGAACUACCAAUUAAAAAGUGGACACAGGAUUAUAAAGAAUUUCUGGAAGAGUUACUGACAGAUGAGAAGAACCAACUUAUUUUGGAUUACAUAGAUAACAGUUCGCAUGAAGAAAUUUGCUUUACCAUAAAAAUGGAUCCUGCGAAAUUGAGGAAGGCCGAGGAGGAAGGACUUGAAAAAGUUUUUAAAUUGAAAAGUACCUUAACAACUACUAAUAUGACAUUGUUCGAUUAUAAUCUGAAGCUGCAAAAAUACGCUACGGAAUUGGAUAUCUUGAAAGAAUUUUGCUUCCAGCGACUGAAUGCAUACGAAAAUAGGAAGAGCUAUUUGAUUGCCAAACUGGAAAAAGAAAAGAAAAUAAUCUCGAACAAGAGCAAAUUUAUUCUUGCCAUUGUAAACAACGAACUUGUUGUUAAUAAGAAAAAGAAAAAAGUACUGGUAGAAGAAUUAUAUAGGAAAGGAUAUGAUCCAUAUAAAGAUAUAAAUAAAAUUAAAAAGGAAGAAAUUUUCGAACAAGAAUUAUUAGAAGCUGCGGAUAAUCCUGAAGACAAUGAAGAAAUUAUUGCUGGAAUAUCUGUUAAGGAUUACGAUUACUUAUUGAGUAUGCCUAUUUUUAGUUUGACGCUUGAAAAGGUAGAAGAACUAAUAGCACAACAUAAGGAGAAAGAAAAGGAGUUGGAAAUUUUAAGAAAUAUAACUGUGGAGACCAUGUGGCUUAAGGAUAUCGAAAAAGUGGAAGAAGCUAUUGAGUUCCAACGUAAUGUAGAAUUAGCUAACAGGGAGGAAAGCAAUAAAUUUAAGGUUGCGAGGAAACAAAUAGCUAGUAAUAACAGGAAGAAGAAGAAGAAAAAGAAAUUAUCCAGUGAUGAGGAAUCAUCAGGUGACUCAUCAGACAGUAGUGAAUUCCUAGUGCACAGUCUAAACAUUAGGAAGAAUAGAAAACCCCCCAAUAGUAGUGGGCCCAGUAGCACUACGCGAAAAAAGUUGAGAACCACUGGAGGGGAAGAGAAUAAUAAUACUAAUAAUAAUAGUAAUGGAAAUAGUAAAGACACUCCUGUUGUAAUCAAUGUAGAUGUAGACAAUAGCGAAUCUAACCCCAAGGCAACGGACGAUGCAGCUACGAAUCUGUCAGACUCCACGCCGCUUCUUAGUAAAAUUCUAGGCGAUGUAGAUGCAGACACCACAGGUGCAGCUAGCCAAAGUAACCGCAAGAGUAACAAACCUAGUAGUAGUAAAAACUCUAGGAAGAGAAAUAUUCCCUCUUCGGAGGACUGCAUCAAAAGUGCUGAGGCUAUUGGGGUCGAUGUCAAUGUCGUUCCUUCUGUGAAUGCGCAUGACAACACUCCAAAGAAAUCGUUAGGCAUUCCAGAGAAUAUCAGUAUUUCUCCUAACAGUACCAUUAAUGUGAAUGACUUCUCCGGCAUCCGGAGCAAGUUGCUCGAGCUCGAAAAUAAGAAGAAGCCGCGUUUGAGCUUGGCUGAGAAAGUUAAGAUGAAAGCGGCGGAGAAUAAGAGUGCCCCAGCGAAGGAAAGCUCAGGAGGAAAAUCCCCACCCAAGAGAAAGAAGAGCAACCUACUGGAUGGCUCAAAAUCGAAAAAGGGAUACAAAUUGGAUAGUGAUGAUUCUAGCAAAGAUUUUGCCUCAUCAGAUGAGAGUGACAGCUCAUACAACAUAUAA